AUGUUGUGGUCUACGAGUUUAAUCGCGUUUCUCGGAGCUUACUGCGCCGGUGCACAAACUCCACCGUCGAAUCUGCCACCAGCAACCACAGGAAUAUUCACUGUACAAGCCAGUGUCAUCAUUAACGCGCCGAUUGAAAAAGUCUGGAAUACGUUGCUUGACUUUCCAUCUUAUGCGCAGUGGAACCCGUUCGUCAGGUCGCAGGUGGUGACGAGCGCGAUAUGGGUGCCACUCGAAGAUCAGACGCCCCAUGAGAACCAGCGACUGAUCAUUCAGGCGCAAAUCCCCCCUCUCCCCAUGCCGGUUGACGCGAACACGCACGCGAACCCGCUGCACAUGCAGACGUCAUUCGAGAACAUAACGACGCUGGACAGGGUACAGCACCGGGCCGCAUGGAGGCAGAUUUUUCUGCCCAAACCUGUGCUGGAUGCGGAGCGGUGGCAGGCGCUGAGUGCGCUUCCAGGCAAACGAACGUACUACGAGUCGCGGGAGGUGUUCGAUGGGCCAGUGGGACAUGUGGUGGACGCGCUGUUUGCGGAGGGGCUGCAGGCGGGGUUUGAUGCGCAGGCGGCGGCACUCAAGGCCCGGGUAGAGCAAUAG